AUGCCCAACCAGAAAAGCAACAAGGGGAAGAGAAAUAAACGCACUAAUAGUAGUGGAGAUGAGCAAGAAAAUGGAGCCAGUGCUGCCGCAACAGGGGGAGCACCAGGGGUAGCAACAUUAUUGGGGGCUACAGCUGCACCGUUAAACGAGCAUACAAGUGGUAAGAGUAAAAUUGUGUCAAAACAUGCGUGACCAAAGUUAUUGCAAUGGUUUUUAUUGUAUUAUUGCAUACGCACGAGACGACAUAAGCUUACGUUGCUUCACAUUUCAUUGUUGUCAUCGACUGUACCUAACUCACGUGUUAUUGCCUAAUUGGCAACGAGCAUUAUGCAUUGGUCAUUUAAUGAUGCGUUGACAUGGAGCUCAAUGCACUGCCAUAUCACUACGCACGUAUUCAGCCUGGUCUCGUAGACUAGAGUAACAUAGUAAACGUAUUUCCGGGACACUUAAAUUAGUACGAUAUGUUACGUUUGGUAUGGCUACAUAAGACAGAAUGUUACUUAAAGCAAAAACGAAAGUAAAGUGAUUGGUCAGGGUGGAUGGGUGAGCAUAUAACGCGAACAUCUAGCAACCCAAAGGUUGCAUGUUCGAAUCUCAUCACAGACUAUUUGAACUAAUUAGCAACUUUGCAACUACUUACUACUUUGCAACUACUCAGCACGUUUGCUAACCCUUCCCCUUCCCCUAAACCUAACCUUAAUCCUAAGGUUAGGGUUACUUUGCAAUUGCUUAGCAUUUUAGCUAACCCUUCCCCUAACCUAUAAUGCGAACAUCUAGCAACCCAAAGGUUACAUGUUCAAAUCUCAUCACGGGCAACUUUAGUAUUUGAGUUAAUUAGCAUUGCAACUACUUACUAGUUUUUAGCUACUUUGCAACUACUUAACAUGUUAGCUAAACCUUUUCCUAACCAUAACCCCUAACCCAGCCACAACAAAUUGGAAUUUGUAACAUAUCAUACGUUUCGCAAAUUCAUAACAUAUUGUACGAAUUGCAAUUCGUAACAUAUCAUACGAAUUGUAAUUCAUAACAUAUAAUUUGAAGUGGUUGAUGGACAUUCACAAAUUCAGACAUACCAUACAAAAUGUAACAUAUCAUACUAAUUGGAGUGUCCCGGAUUUACUUUUAUUGUGUUAGUGUGAUAUGUUGUGUUUCAUAUGGUAUGUAUACAUUUGUGGAAGUCUAUCAUCCAUUUCGUAUGAUAUGUUACGUUUUACAAUUCAUAUGAUAUGUUACAAAUUGCAAUUUGAACAAUAUGUUACAAAUUUGCUAAAUGUAUAAUAUUUAACGAAUUCCAAUUUGUUGUGGUUAAUGUUAGCUAGGUAGCUAGGUGGCUAGGUGUCUAAUAUUAGCUAGGCUAGGGUUAAGGUUAGGAGUUAGGUGAAAGGGUUAGGGUUAGCUAACAUGCUAAGUAGUUGAAAGUAGCUAAAAAGUAGUAUGUAGUUGCUCGUGAUGAGAUUCGAACACGCAACCUUUGGGUUGGUAGACGUUUGCAUUAUACGUCUAUUCAUCCACCCCGACAAGCCACCCUGCUUUAAUUUUUGCCUUAAGUAACCUUCUGUCUUAUGUAACCAUACCAAACGUAACAUAUGGUACUAAUUAUCCUGGAUUUACAUUUACUAUGUUAUGUCUAGUCUAUGAGACCAGCUGAUCUAGAACCUGAAAGGAUUCUUCAGCUGUCUGAAGAACACUUUGAAUAACCCUUUUUGGUUCCAGCUAGAACCCUUUUGGUUCAAUGUAGAGCCCUUUCCACAGAGGGUUCUACCUGGAACCAAAAAUGGUUCACCUAUGGGGACAGCCAAAUAACCCUUUGGAACCCUUUUUUCUAUGAGUGGAGUGCUUCUUUAAUUACUUUUUUAAAGGUCUCCCCUGAAUCGUUGAAGGCCAUAUUUUCAUGAAAUCUAUUUAUUGGACUACUUUCCCACUCACUUGGCUGCACUGAUGGGUUUCCCUGUCUGAUGUGUAUUCAGGCGCCCUUUCUCAGUGAUCCAUGCUCAAUGAUGAUGGUUCUUAUGUUGCAAGAUAACACAGAUGCCAUUAGCAUUCUUCUUAUUUUUGAAUGUUCACACAGUCCAUUAUUGUUUAAUGUUAAGUUCCAGACAGGCUCUGCAUUGAUGUUUUAGUCCUGAAUCGUUCACUCACUAACAGCAUGGAAUAUUGUCAACAUUGCAUUCCAAGGAGUUAGUCUUUAUAGCAUGAAUGAAAAUCUAUUAUGUUUAAUAUCAUUUUGUUGCUCUGGGAUAUGUCCAAAGUGAAUUUUGUGCCUCAAAGCUCAUGUUUGUUUUUAUUUUCAAGUCAUACUUCGUAUGAAGAUGUGAUAAUAUGUUUAUGAGUGAUAUAGUAACUCAGUUUUGUUUUGUGUCCAGCAGAGGCCCCCUGUGCUACCCCUCUUGUGUGCAGUCUGGCCAGAGACAUUGACCUUGAGAAGGAUGACUAUCAACGUGUAGUGUGCAACACUGAUAGCUGCCCCUAUGGCAACUGGAUGCACUUGCAGUGCUUCUAUGAGUGGGAAAGCAGCAUCCUGGUCCAGUUCAACUGCAUUGGAAGGGCCCGCAGCUGGAACGAGAAGCAGUGCCGGCAGAACAUGUGGACUAAGAAGGGAUAUGACCUGGCCUUCCGCUUUUGCUCCUGCCGCUGCGGCCAGGGGCACCUUAAGAAAGACACGGACUGGUACCAGGUGAAGCGCAUGACGGAGGUAAAGAAGAAGGUCCCUCUGGAGAAGAGCCUGGGGAAGUUGAGCAGCUCAACUGGAGCUGUAGGGGGUGCAUGUGGAGGCGGGUUGGAUCCACCUGAUGACCCUAAGAGGGGCAAGCUGCAUGGGGGCAGUAAGCUGGCUCACAGAGCAUUAAGUCAGGAGCUGCCUUGCCAACAGUCAGUGGAUCGGCAGAACUCUCAGGAGAGGGGCCACGUAGGCCUGUUCUGUGGAAGCAGCCUGGGGCCCCGCUCACCCUGUGAGUCCCCAGGCCAGUCCCCUCCAUCAGGCUUCUCCUUCUUCUCCCCACCCGCCUUCGCAGGGCCCCGCAGCUCCCGGCACCUGGGGGAGUUCCUGAAGAAUGCAGUGCACAUGGACAGCCACCGGAAGCACAUGCUGGCAAGCGGCAUGCUGGGUCAAGCGGAGGCCACCUGGAUCACACCAUCUGGCCUCUGCCCAGACUCACCCUGGGGGACAACCCAGUGCAGUUCCUGCGAAGGCUGGACCUCACAGAGCUGCUGACCCACAUUCCCAGACACAAGCUGAACACCUACCACGUACGUAUGGAGGAUGAUGCCCAGGCGGGCCAGGGAGAGGACCUGAGGAGGUACAUCCUGUCAGCUCUGAGUGCCAGCCACAGGAACAUGGUCAACUGUGCCUUGUGCCACCGCACCCUGCCUGUCUUUGAGCAGUUCCCCCUGGUGGACGGGACCCUGUUCCUGAGCCCCUCUAGACAUGAUGAGAUCGAGUACGAUGUGCCGUGCCACCUGCAAGGUAGACCUUUGGAACAAUGUCUGUCUCUGAGGAACUGAAUUUGAAACACUUAGGCUAUCAGAAUCAGCAGACAGCCAAAACAUUGCACAUGCCUCAUAUGUAUGUUGUGAUAGGCUACAAACUCAAAUAUUGCAAACGGAAAAUUCUGUGGACAUAUUUUCCCACAAACAAUCUCAGUAGACCUGUAAUUACAACAUUGAAAAUGAUUGGCUUGGACCCAAGCUUCCUGCUGAGGUAGAAAAAAAGUGUACGGUGAAAAGUUCAGGUUUACUGUUGACAGCUGAUAAGGCCUCAGGAGCUACAGUAUGUGGCUGCAAGCAAAUUAUUUAGACCACAGCUGUUUUCAGAUUUGUAUGUUUUAGUGUAACUUCAAAAGGUGUGUGGUGGGACAGACAAAGGUCUUCAGAAUAACAUUAAUAAUUUGUUAUUCUGGUCUGCAUAAAGGGUGUUAUCUCUUGCAUAUAUUUAAGAUUAGAACACACCAUAAUAAACAUGGGACAAUACAAUUAAUGACUUUCAUUGAGAACUAAAUGAAAUGAUUAUGCCACAUGAAUGUGAUCAAGCAUAUCAUACAUAUCAAUCAAGUCAAUCUAUCCAGUUUUCCAUGAGCAGCUUCUUGGUAGCUAUUCACCACAUGGAUAUGAAUUAAAACAGUGGAUGGAUAAUGUUGCUUUGAUCUUCAGGCUUUGAUAUGCCUGAUUACAGUGAAAUCACUUUCAUGCAUGUAUUUUUCACGCUCUAGGGCUUAUUGUAGAUUCUAUUAAAUAACACUAUUGUCUCUCUUGUGAAGGGAGGCUGAUGCACCUGUAUGCAAUCUGUGUCGACUGUCUGGAGGGAGUCCACAAAAUUGUAUGUAUCAAGUGCAAGUCCAGGUGGGAUGGGAGCUGGCACCAGUUGGGGACAAUGUACACCUACGAUAUACUGGCCGCGACACCAUGUUGUCAGGUGAGUAGGCUACUUAGUAUUCCUCAACACAUAUUUUUCUUCUCAUGAGGUUUUUGAAAUUCAUCUUUGGGUCACCAUCUGCAUGGUCAAGGGGUGUCAUUCGGAUAUGGCAGGCUGCCAUAAAGUAACUUCAUGGGCCAUAGUCAGUUCAAAAUUCAGGUUUUGUGUUGUGGCUAGAUCUCUUCCUAUCAAUUAGUCUCAUUGACAUUAUGGAUGGAAAAGUCAACUACUGCAGAUCCUUAGCCAUUUCCUCUCUUUGUUUCCUUAGGCCCGUCUGAACUGCAAGCACUGUGGCAAGCCAGUCAUAGAUGUCAGGGUGGGGAUGCAGUACUUCUCAGAGUACAGCAACGUGCAGCAGUGCCCCCACUGUGGGAACCUCGAUUAUCACUUUGUCAAGCCAUUCUCCUCCUUCAAAGUCUUGGAAGCUUAUUGA